AUGGCGGACCGGGAACCUUUGCUCUCACCGACAGAUUCAGACGACGAAAGGAUAACAAACCAUUUACGGGGCAUUCUAGAUCACGACGCAUAUCGCAGGCGUGUCCGCCAAUGGCUUACAGCACCCUUGUUGAUCCUCGUUCUCGCCGCAAUGAUCGUCCUUUUGUUUGUACUCGGCGGAAAGGAUAUUAGAGAUGAGUGGAUGCUGAGAGGAGACCCUUUGACUGCUGCAAACCGCAUACUCGGCGAAUGGCCAGUCAUUGACGGUCAUAUCGACCUCCCCAUCCUCUAUCGCGCUGCAUUUGCCAACAACAUUUCCGCCGUCAACUUGCGUCAACCGACUCUAGGUCAUGUCGAUAUUCCUCGUCUUCGUCAAGGCCAUGUGGGUGGGUUUUGGUGGAGUACUUUUGUUCCCUGUCCUACCACUAUCAACGAUGCCGACUUUGUCCAACCCAGCUGGCGUGUUCGCGAUACUCUGGAACAAAUCGACGUUGCAAAGCUCGCCAUGGAGCAAUAUCCAGACGUCUUUGAGCAUACCAUGACGGCAGAAGGAGGCCGAAGAGCUAUCCGAUCCGGAAAGAUUGCCGGCUGGAUAGGCAUUGAAGGGGCUCAUCAAAUUGGCAACUCUCUUGCAGUCCUGCGCCAGUAUUACGAUCUUGGCGUUCGAUACAUGACCCUCACGCAUACGUGCCACAAUGCCUUUGCAGAUUCAGGCGGAUUCCUGACGCCGUUGCCCCCCUUACAUUACGGACUGAGCACGUUUGGGAGAGAGCUCAUUGUUGAAAUGAAUAGGCUUGGGAUGAUCAUCGAUCUCUCGCACACCUCGGACCAAACGGCAAUUCAAGCGUUGACCCUAAGCCGCGCACCUGUCAUAUGGAGCCAUAGCAGCUCUAGGGAAGUCUGGAAUGUCGCACGCAACGUUCCCAACGAGAUUCUCGCACGAAUCGGACUCGGAGAGGGUAAACGUGACGCAGUCGUCAUGAUCAACUUUGCUCCCUACUUUGUAGCCGAAAAGGGAAUGGCAACUGUCGAAAUAGUGGCAGACCAUGUCGAAAUGGUGGCCAAUGUCGCAGGACGGAUGCACGUCGGAAUUGGCUCAGACUUUGAUGGCAUCGAGGCAACACCCAAGGGUCUAGAGGAUGUGUCCAAAUACCCAAACUUGUUUGCCGAGUUGAUCCGCCGAGGUUGGUCGGUUACUGACCUUGCUGGUCUCGCAGGCGGCAACUUUCUCCGAGUUUUGAGCAAAGUAGAGGCAGUCUCGCGGGCAAUGAAGCAUGAAGGCACUAGACCCAGCAUGGAGCUCUAUGCAAAGCGACCAGAUUUACCCAUGCACGAAUAUCUGUAA